AUGAAGUCCUUCUCGAGUUCUGUAAUUAAUAAGUCGGGUAAGAAGUUCGCUCCCAAGGCGCCCACUCGACGCACCGCUCCAGCUUCGGCUGCCCCCCCCAGAAAGCCCAGUGUCGCUUCGCAGAUAUCGGCUUCUCAAACUCCCCAGCCACCAACGCAGACUGCAACCCCGGAACCUGCCCCUCCUGCUUCAACCGCCGAGCCUUCGCGAUCUGUUGAAACAACAGCCCCAGAGUCAUCAGCUCCCCAAGAAAAGGAUGUGGCGCCAACACCGCCAGCAACUGCAACCGCCACGCCCACAGCGAUUCCAAUUCCUCGUCCUAAGCGGAAGCCUUCUUUUUCUGCAUUUACCCUCUCACAGCGACCUGCCGCAACCCCCUCUGAACCCACGCCACUUCCCUCAAUCGAGGUAGCGCCUGAUGAACAACGGGAAGAUCGAAUCUCUGUGGAAGAAGGGAGAGUUUCCGAGAGUCGAGUGAACAAGGAGCCAUCUUCGGUCGCUGAAGUUCCAGCCGAAGUUCGCCCUGCCAAGCGCCAAAAGGUCACUGUUGAGCCCGCAACCCCGGCUCCGGAAUCCCAGCGGCCUGCAGAAAUUCCUCAAUUAGCGACUCCCCCGGCUACGCAGACUUCGACCAAUGAGGAAACUACGGAAGGUCAGGAUAGCACCGAGUCGCAGCCUCCCACCGAUUCAAAUCUAAAGGUGGUAAAGUCGAAAAGACGGAAACCGUCUAAAGAUGUCAGUGGUGGAAACGCCAUAACCAAAACGAGAGAGAGGAAGCCACGAGCUCCUCGUAAGAAGCGCGAACCGACGCCUGAGGGCUCCGAGCUUGUGCAGAUUGCUCCUGGUAUUGUCAAGAUGUCGGAGCUGUGCAAGGAUCUACGGACAGGAAAGAUUUCCAAGCGAGAAACCGAACUGCGCCAAAUGGAGUUGGCCGAGCUGGAACGCAAGCAGAAAGCACAACAGGACGAAGAGAACUCUGAGCAGACGCCUAUCAAGGAGAAUGAAAAUGCAGACUCCCCAGUGCUGGAGACGGGGGAUCCGAAGCCGCAGAAUGGACCAGUCAUGAGGAUUGUGAACGGAGAAAUUGUCAUCGAUGCGGCAUCGCUGGAAGUCGACCGUCAUGCGGAUGCGGCAAGGAACGCCGGAGAAUUGGAAGAUGUUGUAGAAAACUCCCUUACUCGGAAAGUCAACCAGGCAUCAUUUGGAAAGCGUUCCAAAACCGAAUCAUGGGACGAAGAAAUGACGGAACUAUUUUACCGAGGUUUGCGCAUGUUCGGUACUGAUUUUAUGAUGAUCAGUAAACUUUUCCCGGGGAGGUCCCGGCGCCAGAUCAAGUUGAAGUUCAACAACGAAGAGCGCCGUGACCCGGGACGGAUCAAGGACACCUUGCUAGGACCACGCGAAGCGGUCGACAUUAAAGCUUACUCGGAGAUGACCAACACCAUCUAUGACGAUCCAAGAGUGAUCCAGCAAGAGCUAGAUGAAGAGAAGAAACGCAUUGAGGAUCAGCAUGCUAAGGAAAAGCAGGCCCAGGAGGAUCUUCUUAAGAAUCCUGAUGGGGCUGCCGAAGCUAACCAAGCUUCAGAGCAUGACCAAGGCAAUACCGCACCCGUUAAGGGCAAGCGCAACAGCAGAAAGCAAGCCGCUAAGAAUAUUGGUGGUGGAAACGAAGAAAUUCUGGGCUCUAUUGAUGACUUUCCUUGA